CUCCUUCACCCCCUACGUGACUCCAUUUAUAUACAUACCAACCAAUCAAACAAAACACACAAUCCCUUCACUCUCUCCACUUCACUUUCCUGUUUAUAUUCUCCUGCAAAAAGCUUUAAACCUUUUACACAACACCUACCCAAAUAUCACCAUUAAACCACCAUUUCCUCCUUCAACCAGCCACUCUGGCUUUCCCUACCAUGGACGUUUUCACCUUACUCAAAUUCUGGCGAACCGCCAGCACUACAGAUCCAGUUUCUGUUACAGAUUUUGAUUCCUCAAUCGAAGACGAUGAGUCCUUUUUCGAUUUAGUUUUCACUACUCCAGGCUAUGAAUCAACCCCCAAUUUUAAAUUUUCUGAUAAGAGUCGGGUCUUGCCUCUAGAUUCACAACCACAAUCGCUUCAGUCCCCGCUUCAGUUAUUGAAGAGGGGGUUUCAUAACAACAAUAAGUCAAUGAAGCAUUCAACAGGUAACUCUUGGAUUGAGAGGGCUGUAACGGGUAACAAUAACAUUGAAGAAGUCAAAAUUGGUGCAUUACUCAAACGAGACAACAGUUUGAGGAAUCAGUUAAUGAACGAGAAGAAUCUAGAACAGCAUGAUCAGGUUUCUUCGAAGCGGUUUUCAAAAGAUGUUAUAAAUAAAUACCUGAACCUGAUGAAGGUUUCUAAACGGAGUAGUGAGAAACCGAGGGUGUCGGAUUCUUCUGUUACUCCGUCAGCGUCUCCGGCUUCUUCGGUUUACUCACCGAGAAAGGAUGAGAGGAAAUCCGGUGGCCGUGGUGCGGUGUUCCGGAAGAAUUUAGGGAAGAGCCGGUCGUCGUCGGCGAUUUUGUUAACUCCGGCGAGGAAAAGUGAUGAUUCUGUUUUGCAACAGGAUGGAAUUCAAGGUGCUAUUUUACAUUGCAAGAGAUCAUACAACUCACCUUCUCAAGGUUGUACGCUUUCAAGAUCUGGAAGUGCUCCCUCAAACAAUGAGGCACGAGUUUCAAUAGAACAAAACAGAAGCAGUAUUUGAAGAUGAAAUUGGCGCGAAAUGUUGUUUAGAUAACAGUUGUUUUUUGGUAUGUAAUUAGACUAGUGGUAGUUAUGGUAGGGAGGAAGAAGAUUGUAAAGGUUUUGGAUGAAGAAGAGAAACUGUUGCUUGUUUUUUGUUGUUGUUAUUGGAAAGGGUAGCUCUGGUUUUAGGUUUCAAA